UAAUAUAUAUAUUUUCUAUAAUAUAUUUUACUUUCAAAAUAAUAUUUUUACUGAUAUCCUUUCUUCUUAAAAGAGCUUUAAUGCUUAUAAUUAAUUUAGUUUUUGGUACUUCUUCAGUUCCAACAUUCCAAAGGGAAUUGGACAUAAUCCCAAUAAGUAGGUAUGUUGCAUUUUUUCAGACAAGGAAUUCAGAAAUUAACAACUCAUAUUUAGUUUGUAGCCAUUUGUAAAUAGAAAUUGACAACAAAACGUUUAAGAAAGAUAAAAAUUUAUUUUUCCAGAACAUUGUUUUUAUUGAGGAAAAAAUUCAGCUGUCAAAUUUUAAAAUAAAUCAUUUCUUAUUGAAACAAAAUUUAUUUGUAAGUUAAAUUUUGGGCCAUGGGUGAGAAAGGUAAUAAAGCUCCUUUUCUGGCCGAUUUUUUUACUUUACAACAAAAGGAAGAUGCUUUCAUUGAAAUUUGGAAGAGAAUAACAAAAGAAGACAUUGACUUUGAAGCUCUGUCCAAAGAAGAGGAGAUAACAUAUUACAACAACCCAAACAAGACAGCUUUACGACAAGAAUAUGACAUUAGAUUUCACUUUGACUUGGAUUUUGACCCAAGGACUAAACGGUGUGAUCGCCACAAUUUAAAUAUUGUCCGAAAUAAUAUUUAUAAAGAGGAAAUGAACAGAAUUUUUCCAGUAGUUGUAUCUCACACAUAUGGCCAUCGUAAGACUAACUUGGAAGGAACAGCACUCAUUUCUCAUAAAAAGAAAAGGAUAAUUCAGGACCUGAGUAGUCGUAACCAACUCAAUCUGAAACCAACUAAAAAAAACCCUCCUAUUCAAGGAUAUCCACAACUAUCUUGAACUUUAUUUUAAAAACAUAUUUAUAUAUACAUAAAUAUUUAAUACAA